AUGCUGCCAGUACCAACGUUUUUGGUACUUCUGUAUAUUUCUAUAUCAUAUGUCCUACCAUUAUACGCAACUUCGCAACCGGAAGGAUCCAAACGAGAUAAUCCUCGAACCAUAAAAUCUCGCAUGCAAAAGCUGACAAUUCUGCUACUUUUCAAUUUACUUUUUGUACCAUUUUUGCAAUCUCAAUUAUCGAGUACCACAUCACCUAUAAGUUUCAAAGACGCGUUUUUUGAUUUGGGUAUUAUCCCCGGUUAUUACAGGGCAAUACCAAACCAUUGGCAGUUCGGUCAGUUUGUAAAAGAUUUGGCCAAAUGCGUUAUAUUGAUUGUCACUUUAUAUUGUGGUCCCGUGCUGGAUUUUGUACUAUAUCAUUUAUUAACCCCAAAAAGCUCUAUACUAGAGGAUUUUUACCAUGAAUUUCUAAAUAUUUGGAGUUUCAGAAAUUUUAUAUUUGCGCCAAUAACUGAAGAAAUAUUUUAUACCUCAAUGCUCUUAACAACUUAUUUGAACCUAAUACCACAUUCACAGCUAAGCUAUCAACAAUUAUAUUGGCAGCCAUCACUGUUUUUUGGACUCGCACACGCACAUCAUGCCUACGAGCAAUUUCAGGAAGGUUCCAUGACAACUCUAUCUAUUUUACUGACCACAUGCUUCCAAAUCCUGUACACAACACUCUUUGGUGGACUGACCAAGUUUGUAUUUGUGAGAACGGGCGGAAACCUGUGGUGCUGUAUUGCCCUACAUGCCCUAUGCAAUCUCAUGGGAUUCCCGGGCCCAUCGAGACUAAAUUUACAUUUUACAGUAGUAGACAAGAAAACAGGGUUCACUUCCAAGCUGGUCUCAAUCUGGAACAAAUGCUACUUCGGUCUGUUGCUUAUUGGACUCAUAUCCUUGAAGGAUAGCUUGCAAACUAUGGUAGGGACCCCUGGUUAUAGAAUAGCACUCUAG